ACAAUUUUAACGCAGGCAGAGUAUGCAAAACUAGAAAGCAAGGAAAACAUUUCGGAACUAGGGAAGUGUUCUUUGAAUCUCAAAACAUACACAGGAGAAAGAGUAGAAACCUUAGGCGUAGCAAAGGUCAGUGUAGUGUACAAGGACAUGGUCAAACAGCUACCUGUAGUAGUAGUGGCAGGUAAGGGUCCAAAUUUAUUAGGGCGUGGGUGGAUCAGAGAACUGGCUGUAGACUGGUGUUCUUUAAACCAACUUACUGAGACUACACAGACAGUGCAGGAUGUACUGGCAGAGCAUGACAUGGUGUUCAAGGAAGGAUUGGGGACAUGGAAGGGUCCUCCCGCAAAAAUCCAUGUUGACAAAGAAGCUGUUCCAAGGUUUUUCAAACCAAGACCCGUUCCCUAUGCAAUGAAGCAGAAAGUAGAGGCAGAGAUAGAUAGGCUAGUAGAGGAAAACAUUCUAGAACCUGUGAAAUUCUCAGAAUGGGCAGCGCCUAUUGUUCCAGUUUUAAAACCGGACAAGUCAGUGAGAAUUUGUGGUGAUUACAAAUUAACGGUCAACCGAGUAUCCAAGUUAGAGCAGUAUCCGAUUCCAAGAGUUGAGGAUCUCUUUGAGAAGUUGGCAGGUGGUGAGAAGUUUACCAAGUUAGACCUAAGUCAUGCCUAUCAACAAGUGACUCUAGAUGAAGAAUCCAAACCCUAUGUCACUAUUAGUACGCACAAGGGUCUGUUUGCAGUGAAUCGACUUCCUUUUGGAGUGUCCUCCAGUCCUGCAAUUUUCCAACGAAUCAUGGAGGGAUUACUGCAGGGAAUCCCCAAUGUAGCAGUGUAUCUUGAUGACAUUCUACUGACGGGCAAGAAUGACCAGGAACACCUCAAAACCCUAAGUGAAGUUCUAACAAGGUUAGAAGAAGCAGGCUUGCGGCUAAAACGGAGCAAAUGCUCGUUCAUGGGCAAAGAAGCAGAGUUCCUUGGACAUAAAGUGGAUUCUACAGGACUGCACCCACUGCAGAAUAAGGUCAGGGCCAUUCAGGAAGCACCUUCACCAACAAAUGUGACAGAGCUCAAGGCGUAUCUUGGAUUGUUAAACUAUUACAACAGAUUUCUACCAAAUCUGUCAACUUUGUUAGCUCCUCUACAUCAGCUACUGAGAAAAGACACCAACUGGCACUGGGGAAAAGAGCAAGAAGCUGCUUUUGAGAAGUCUAAAAAGCUCAUGCAGUCAUCAGACGUGUUAGUGCAUUAUGACAGUCAGAAGGAUCUCAUUCUCUCAUGUGAUGCAUCACCCUACGGGGUUGGGGCUGUGUUGUCACAUCGAAUGUCCAAUGGGGAAGAAAGGCCCAUUAGUUUCAUGUCGCGAACACUAACACCAGCGGAGCGAAAUUAUUCGCAAUUGGACAAGGAAGGACUUGCUGUGAUGUUUGGAGUGCAGCAAUUUCACAAGUACUUGUAUGGUAGAAAGUUUACCAUUUGCACUGAUCACAAGCCCCUUCUGUCCCUUUUCAAUGAAAUGAAAGCUGUUCCUCAGAUGGUAUCGCCAAGAGUACAACGGUGGUCAGUAGCACUGCGAGCUUAUGAGUAUGUCAUUAUCUACAAGCCAGGCAAAGAUCAUGGCAAUGCUGACGCUCUGAGCAGAUUGCCACUUCCAUGUUCAGAAGUGGUAAAGGAACAGGAAGACAGAGUUCUAAUGAUGGAGGAAAUAGCACUGGUGUCUGAUAGUGAUGUGCGCAAGUGGACAACCAAAGAUACUGUUUUGUCCAGGGUCAGAGAAUACAUAAUGAGAGGCUGGCCAGAGCAGGUGAUGGAUCCUCAGUUUAUGCCGUUGGCUGUUAGAAAAGAUGAACUGAGUGUCCAAGAUGGUUGCAUCUUGUGGGGUGCACGUGUGGUGGUGCCAAAUAGGGGACGCCAAGAUCUCCUGAACCAAUUACAUCAAUGCCAUCCUGGAGUUACCCGAAUGAAGGCCCUAGCCAGAAGUUAUUUCUGGUGGCCAAAGCUUGACCAGGAUAUUGAAGCUACAGUGAAAAGAUGUUCAAAGUGUCAGGAAAUGCAAAAAUGUCCAGCUGUAGCCCCACUUCACCCCUGGGAGUGGCCGGACAAACCAUGGAGACGAUUGCACAUCGACUAUGCAGGACCGUUUAUGGGACAAAUGUUUCUCAUAGUCAUUGAUGCUCAUUCCAAAUGGUUAGAUGUCUAUCCUGUACAUUCAGCUACCUCUUCUGUUACCAUUGAGUGUCUGCGCAAAAGUUUUAGCAUCCAAGGGCUACCAGAAAUGAUAGUUUCAGAUAAUGGUGCUUGCUUUAUGAGUGCAGAGUUUAAAGAAUUCAUGAUAAAGAACGGAAUUACACACGUGACUUCUGCUCCCUUCCAUGCCUCCUCAAAUGGUCUUGCGGAAAGAGCAGUUCAGACGUUCAAGACCAUGAUGAAAAAAGCUGGAGAAGGCAGCAUCUCUACAAAAGUGGCUCGAGUGUUGUUCAGUUACAGGAUUACACCGCAGUCUACGACAGGGAAGUCACCUGCAGAGAUGUUACAAGGUAGACAACUUAGGUCAACCUUAGACCUGGUGCAUCCAGACUUAAAGAGGAGGGUGAUUGAGAAACAGGAUAAACAGAAGAAGAGUCACGACAAGCAAUGCCAGGGUCGAGAAUUUGAACAAGGAGUUGUGGUAAUGACAAGGAAUUUCAGUCAUGGUCCUAAAUGGAUUCGAGGACUCAUUGAAGAAGUGACGGGUCCAGUAUCCUACAAGGUCAGACUGGGUGAUGGCAAAAUUGUACGAAGACAUGUGGAUCAGAUUUUGGCUGGAGCUGAGAACAGUCAGAUCUCAGAGAGGAAUAUGUCAGACAGACUUUCAAAUCCACUGUCGUUAGAAACAGACAUAGCUGAAACUGUCACAAUCUCAGAAAAGGAACAGACAAAGGACUUUGUCAAGGACUCUGAGAUUCCACAUCCGCAGGGACCAUCCGUGAGUGCCAGUGUCAGUACUCACGAUUCUCAGAGUGCUGAAACAACAUUGCGUCGCUCUCAAAGGACUGUAAGGAAGCCUACUCACUUACAGGACUAUGAACAAUAA